CACGCACGAAAAAUCACAUUAACUUAUCUUUAGUUAACAUUUUUAAUUCUCCUUUCUACUACCUCCAUAAUCACUUUUAUAUCUACAUCAGGCUUCCUACACCCCCGUUUCGAAUAUUUACCUUGCGAAAGUGCAUCCAUCCAUAAUGUCUAUCAAAGAAACGUUUCCCAAACCAUCCCGCGAAUUAUCUGCGCAUACUUUACCAAUGUUCAAUCGUGAUAAGGAUACACAGGCCAUGUGGUGGUUCAGUAUGAUGAACGACUCCAUGUGCAGAUAUAAAAACUCAGGCAGAUACGCUGAAGGAUCGUGGGGCUACACAGUACUACGCACAACAUACUCAGAUGAGUCUAACACACUAUGGCCGAUUGCGUUAGAAAAUCUAAGGCGCUGGGUGACGCAGUACUUUGUUCACCUUAACCGUCUGGCUACGAACAAAAGCGACAGCUCAGUCAAUGAAGAGCUUGGGCGCCGCUUCAUACUUGAGGAAGUUGACGUGGACUUGGAGAAGAUAAACGUCCCUGACCUUGACAACGCUAGCCAAGAUGAUAUCAAGGCGCUCACUAACGCCUUUGAUUCUUGGCUUUGCAAUGCCGUUGGUGAUGUCGACAGCAAUGCCGAAUUCAACAUCCAAGAUAGCGCUAGGUUCUGCGACUUCCUAGUCAUCGACGAGGGCUCGCUUCGCUCGCUCGCCACACUUCCCAAGGAGACACCGUCGUUAGAACUAGUAUCUCGCGAGGAAAGACGUGCUCGGGACGUUCUCUAUUGCCACUCGUAUGUCUGGCUGGUUGACUCGCAGGCCGUAAAAAGAUUUCAGGGCGGCGGGGAUGGCGACAACUAUGAUGGAUGGAUGAAGCUGUGUACUAAAGACAUCCCGGAUGCAUGGUUUGAGAGGACUAGGGCAAGUGGGAAGUGGUUAUACACCUUUGAACGCACGGAGAUCCCCCAUGGAUCUGGGAAGUUGUGGUAUUCCCCGAGUUAAGUCUAUAUGAACAGCGACAUGAGAGGACCUUUUUAUAAGAGAAUGUCUUAGACAGCAAUAGAAGGUAGAGCUUUGGCCAUCUACUCGUGCCGCCCAAAAGUCGGAAGAAGGACUGUGGAUGGCAGCGGUGAUUACGGCAACUAUAAUUAAAAUAUUAACCAAGGGCUAUUAAUAUCACAUUAAUUACUUAAAAAUGGAG